AUGAAAGAACUUUCAUAAAAUUUACAAACAACAAAUGAAAUAUUAAUUUUACAACGUCAACAAAUAGCUAUUCGUUUUUAUAUUAUUGUUUUUAUCUUAGCACUUAUAAUUAUAAUAACUUUUACUGGAUUAAAUUCACAGAUACCUUCUACAACAAUAUUAUCUCUAACAGAAUUGAUAUUUGAAGAAUUUCAAACUCAAUAUUCAUCAUCAUUAUCAUGUCCAUGUUCAAGAAUAGCAAUUCAAUAUUCAAAAUUUCUCUCUGUUAAACCAAUUGUUUAUCAUCAAGUGUGUUCAAGUUAUUUUAUCUCAUCUAAUUUUCUUGAAUUACUGUGGGGCACUGUAUCAUAUGAAAGUUAUUAUUGGAAUGGAGACAUGAGAAUAUUAAGUACACAAUUUCGACUUUUAGUAUCACUUUGUUUUCUUGUAAAAAAUGUAAUUGAACAAAAGAUUGAAAUACGUUCUUCACAAGAAUUAAUUAGUGCGAAAGCAUUAACACGUCAUUCUUUUCAAACUCAAAUCAAUUCUAUUAUUAAUAAUUUUACUGUUCAAGCACCAGCUAGUUUUUGA